CCCGGAAGUGCUUCUAGGAGGCCUGGGACGCUACACCGAGUUUGAAUGAAUCGGGCUGAUUCAUCGCGGCCCGGCUGAGCGGAAGGUGUCGGCUGGGGAGAGGCGAAGUGGGAUUUCAGCGGUCACUACGGCGGCAGGUAGGAGUUUCACCUUACAUCCAAACUUGGAGGCCUAGCUACGAACUGGAACAACAUUGCUGAAAAAAGCUGAAAACCAAAAGCAUCUCCCAAAGGUUUUACACAGCCCUGUUGAAUAUCAGUAUUCAGUCAAGAUCACAAGUGGAAAUCAGUGACCUGCCAGAUGUUGGUAAACUACAGCUCCAAGCAAUUCCAGCCAGCGUGGACAGUGGUGAAGACUUGGACUGUUCAAAUAAUUGCGGAAAUAUGGAUCGACUUCUACGACUUGGAGGAGGAAUGCCUGGUCUAGGACAGGGUCCUCCUACAGAUGCACCUGCAGUUGACACAGCUGAGCAGGUUUACAUCUCUUCUCUUGCACUUCUAAAGAUGUUGAAGCAUGGUCGAGCUGGUGUUCCCAUGGAAGUUAUGGGACUCAUGCUUGGAGAAUUUGUUGAUGAUUAUACUGUCAGAGUGAUUGAUGUGUUUGCUAUGCCACAGUCAGGAACGGGAGUCAGUGUGGAGGCAGUUGAUCCUGUGUUUCAAGCCAAAAUGUUGGAUAUGUUAAAACAGACUGGAAGACCUGAGAUGGUUGUUGGCUGGUAUCACAGUCAUCCUGGUUUUGGCUGUUGGUUGUCUGGUGUGGAUAUCAAUACUCAACAGAGUUUUGAGGCCCUUUCAGAAAGAGCUGUGGCAGUAGUAGUGGAUCCCAUUCAGAGUGUAAAAGGAAAGCCCCAUAUGCCAUUUUCCUAUUUCCUGCCUCAUGACAGCAGGGAGCAGCUCUAUUAUCACCUUCACAGAGCUGUCUGCAAAU